UACACAUAAAUAUACAAUAUAUAUAUUAGGUACACACAUAUAUAUAUUUAUAUCAAUGUGUGUUUUCCACACACCUACAUCACAUGCAUUACUUUUGAUUUCCGUUUGGAUUUCUGAUACAUUGCAACUUCAACUCGUCGCUCGUUCGCUUCCAGAGGGCAAUACGCACAGACCCAUGUUGGAUUAUAAUUUAUACCCUUAAAUUUGGGGGCUACAAUGCGGCCAGAAAUAUACAAUGUUACUACAGUUCAUGCUGCUCAAUGUCAGAAUUAUUUUUAUACUGAUGGUAAUGCUUGCUCUUGUAUCUACAACAUGUGCAAAGAAAACGGAAUACAUUUUAACACUAAAGACCGACAACAAUCGGGCGCUGCAUAUCAAUGCGCACGGCUCGGUAACAGCAGAGGAUAUAUCACUAGCACAAUCCCUAACAAUGAACAGUGUUGGCGAUGUACUCAGCGAGGAUUUCAAAAUCACCAUCUAUGCCAAGGAUGUGGACUACUAUUUAUGCUUUGCCCAAGGCAAACUGGUUGGAAAGAGAAACGCCACAAACGAUUGCCACUUCAGAGAGUCAAUGGAUCGGGGAUAUUAUCAGUAUACGAAUGCCUACAAUCCGGUGCUGCGCGUGGGCAUCAAGUCAAACUUUCGCCCGAUCGGGCCUAAGGGUAUGCAGAAUUUGAAUAGACGUUCCCGUUUCCUGUUCAAUCGCGUGAUGGCCGAAGAUUUUCACAGCAAAUUGGCCGGCUGGAAAAGCAAGGCUAACAAUGCGACAACAACGUCAACAACAACCACGACAUCCACCACAACAACAACAACAACAACGACGACGACGACGACAACAACGCCCAGACCAGUGGCUGUAACAAAACGCGCACGUGGCAAGCCACUGCGUCGCACGCAGCCAACAGCAGCAACAGCAACAACAACAACAACAACAAACACAAGUAUUAAUAGCGAUAGUUCUUCUAACCCCCACAACAACAACAAUAACAAUAGUUAUAAUAACAACAACAACAACAACAAUAGCCGUAAGUCCCCCAACAAAGCGAAUGAGGAUGCGCUGCGCGAGCAGAAGAUCAUCAAGCGCAACCAGCAGUACCAGCGACGCGUGCAACAUCGGCAGCAGCAGCAGCUGAUGCACAAGCGCCAGCGCCAACGCCAGCGGCAGCAACACAAAGCCGUCGGCGCCAUGGUCAAGCCACAGCCGAAGAACCUGAUGGUGCGUCAUCAUCACAACAAUGCGACGUUGCUGGAGCGACGACGCCGCCGACGCCUGCAGCGACGUCAACAGCAGCGGCUCGAGCAGCAGCAGCGCGAGCAGCAAGAAGAGCGUGAGCAGCGCAAGCAACAGCUGCCCACAGCCUCGUCCUCCUCAUCCUCCUCGUUCACAGCGACUGCGGCGUCAACAGCGCUGACAGCGACUGCCUCGCUGGCGCCCUCGGCGCUCAAUCUGUUUGCUGGCAUGUUGGCAGCGAGUCGACGCAAGCGCGGACGGCGAAAACGCGCAGCAGCAGCAGCAACAGCAAGCGCUGGCAGCAAUGCGGCUGACAUGGAUAUGCAGCUGGUAGAAACGUCUUCACAGCAACAACAGCAGCAGCAACAGCAGCAGACACAGGACGUGCAGCAGCACCAGCAACAACAGCAACGACAGCUACAACAACAACAACAACAAAAUGAAUACUCAAAAGCCUAUGUUAAUAGUAACUUAAACUUAAAGCUAAAGCAUAAACAAACACUAAACGUAGAACUAAAUUUAAAUAGUAAUAGCCCUAAUGUUAAUAAUGCAAUACCUGCCUUGCCAAAAAACUACAACUACUUGUACAGUAACGAGCAUUAUAAUAUGAAUACUAAAAGUAGCACGACUGAUUCUAGUAGUUUAGAGAUUAGCACUAAGUUCGAUAGUCCAAAUAGCCAUAGCCAUAGCCAUAGCCAUAGCCAUAGCCAUAGCAAUAGCCAGAGUCGCAGCGAGGAGGGCGUUGUUCAAUUCAAAUUCAAUGAUACCAUUGACAAUAAUCUUAAGAAGUUGAUAAACGAUCGAAUUGAUAGCCGCAGCAGCGCAGCUGCACCAACUGUUGUUGCGCCCAGUCGCACUCAUAUUGUUGAGCAUAAUAUGAGCGACGAUAGCCAUAGCAACAACGACAGCAACAGCAAUGACAGCCACAAAGCAGGGAACUACUUCUCGGCCUUAGAAUUGCAGCAGCAGCAGCAGCAACAGGAACAGCCACAACAGCAGCAGCAGCAACCUAAUAUUAAUAACUAUGAUGCUAAUAUUAAUGUUGUUAACGAUAAUCGCAAUGAUAAUAAUGCGGCGCUGCAGCCCAAUCAUAACCAUAAUAGUAAUUAUAAUGAGCAAUUUGCGAAUGACGAUGAAACGAUACGAAUUCAAAAUAAAUAUGAAACACAUGUAGUACAAUACAAACCUGCCGUAUUCAUUGCACAUGGGUUGGGCCAGCUGCUUCAAGGGUAA